AUGGAGUCUGCAUCAAAAUUACCACUUGAUACUCUUACAAUACCUUCCUUGACACCAACUCAUAAACCUCUGAAAGAGACAUUUGAAACGUUAGUGAAGUGGUCAAUUGGUGAUAUGUUUUGGGCCCGAGUGACGGGUCACCCCUGGUGGCCCUGCAUGAUCUACAAAGAUCCCACCAACUUGCUCUUCACUAAAAUGAUCAGAGUUAACAGGGGAUACCAUUUUCAUUUUUUUGGCAACAAUUCAGAGCGGGGCUGGGUCCUGGAGCCAUCGAUGAUCCAAUUUGAGGGCAAAGAAAAAUUUGAAGAACAUCGCAAAGAAAAAUUAGACCAAGCCAAUCGCAUGGUUGCGAAAUCGGUCUCGGAAAAAAUCACAAAAAUUGCUCUGCAGAGUUUUGAAAUCAAGCCGCACAGGUUGGAAGCCUGGAAUGAGGCCGUGGAAGAAGCUGCUAGAGUAUUUUUGAUGCCAGUUGAAGAACGAAUCAAGUACGUUGAAGAGAUACUGUCUAAAAAUAAAACUAAGGAUAGUCCCAAGAAGAGUAAAAGUAAACUUACAUCCACAUCAUUGGUUGGAGGAGUGGCAAUGAAGAGGAAACAUGAAGAUGAUGUUGCUGAGGAAGUUGCUGGGGAUGGUGAUGCCAAUGAGUCAAAUUCUGAAGGUAUUAUUUUGCAUUUUAGUUUUUUUUAUGUUAACAUUUCAUUGAUCUAG